CUUUGUGGUUAUUUUAAAUUGAAUACUAAUUAAUAAUUAAUAAUUCAUUAUUGUGUCUACAAAAUAAAAUACUCAAAUUUAAUGCAGCCACAAUUUUGUAUUCACCUCAGAUCAUUUUUAAUGUAUGUUUUUAUUUUUAAGGCAAAUAAAACCUAAAGGUAAAGUUAGCAAAGAAAGACAUUUUAAUUGUUUGUUUUUAAGUAUUUUACAUAUCUUUAUAUAGUGUUGUCUCAAAUACAACCUUAUUUUUUCACCAUUGUUUUCAGCACAUCUUCACUGACACCUGUGACGUCACGGCUCCUGGACCUUAUCUCAGUGAUCCUUUGUCUACUUGACAACAGCAUUAACCUGGAGAGCCACUCACGCUGAGUCCUGUUGGCUGCCUUCACCUAUUCUCUCCCCGUGCUGACGUACGUCUGUGUUGAAAACCUCUAAAAGUGGAAUCGGCUUGGCUCUAAAAAUAGCUCCCUGUGUCUUGGGCCGGUUUCAAUGGAUGUUGACUGUGAACUCGGAGAAGUGGGUCGGUGUUUGGGCUGCUGUUUGCCAAGUUUAGACUCAGUCAAAGAAUAAAGGAGUGCUGCGUUGCUAAGAGGAGCAGACUGAGGGGAGAGUGGCACGAAAAGGGUUAGUUACACAUGACUGUUCACACUGUUGUCACUGGGGAUCAAAUCAAACCAAAUUACUUCUCAUUCUCCAUGUUGGUCGCUCCUGAUGACAAUCCAAUCUCCAUGGUAGCCGCCUGUCUUCAAGAGUUUCCCUAAACCCUAGCAUCACAGGUUGGAGUUAUCAUUAUCGUCAUUGUGAUGAUAAUUAUCAUCACCAUUAUAAUGUGGUCAUUGCUGUUGUACCAGAACCCCUACCCUGAACCCAUCUGUCACUCUGACUGCACAGGUCACCACUGCCUGGCCGUCCUCAUGUGUGAAUUACAUUAACUGUCACUGCGCAUGCUCUGCACCACCCCCAAUUACUUCUCUGCCGCUCCCAACUCCUUCAUAAAGUAGCACAAUCCUUCUAGCUCUUCAAUUCAGUGUUAGCAAAAACACGACCAAAGACACAAAUGAAAAUAAUUGCAUAUUUUAAAUGAAGCAGAAUGAAAAGAAAAGUUAGUAAAAUUAGAAUAGUAGAAUUAGAAUGAAAAAAACAAGUAAAGAAAAAGUGGGUUCUUUGGUUAAAGAUUAAUUGAUUUCAACUGUUUUCCAGGUGCAAAACCUCAUCAACAUUAAGUUGUUGUUCAGUUGACGUCAGUCCUUUUGGUAUGUAUGUAUUCUGUCUCCACACCAGCUUCUUUUCACAUGCCAAAAUCCUAGUCAUUUUAUGGAUGGACCAGAGUUGGCACCGUGGAAACCACCUCUCUCCUCCCUCCUCUCCAUCCCAUUUACCCUGUGUGUAAAAGGGCCCCUAAAAGUGGUAAACAAGCCCUAGGUCAGACCCGGGGGACAAUGCACUGACGUCAGUCCUGCUCCGACACAUUCACACUCCGCAGCACGGCUGAGGAUCCAUGUUUGAGUGACAGACAACAGACAAUAAAAAAAGAGAGGGAGAGAGUGGGAGAUCACAAGUUCCACAUAAGAGCAGAGAUCUUCAGCCAGAGGAGAGCAGACGAGGCUGUAACUUCACUACAGCUGAGGAAACACCGACAUCGACUAACCCUAACCCUAACCCUCCAGACCAUGAUGGAAGUGGUCCUCACCAGACUGCGGGACUUCUCCUGCAAGACCUCCACCUUCGAAGACUGUAAACAAGCCGGCCGGAGCUCCUGCAGGGACCGCGGGACCAGGACUGAGCACCACCUCAGUGAAGAAGCUGCAGCUGGAGGAGGAAGAGGAGGAGGAGGAGGACACAAACUGGACAUAGAGAGCGCCCUGGCCUGGCUGAGGAGAGAACUGAUGGAAAUGCGUUCUCAGGACCAGGCCCUGAUCAGGCAGCUGAUGGAACUUCACUCUGGCAUCCAGGAGCUCAAGCAGGAGCUCUCUGAGGAAGAGGAGGAAAAGGAGACUGAUGAUGAUGAUGAGGAGGAAGAGGCCGGCAGCUACUGGGACUCUGAGAGUGAGCGUGGCAGCGUCUACUCCAGCUCAGGGGAGGCGGGGUUUCCCCCCUCAUACCUAAUGAGGCCCAGAUCUCUUCAUGCAGGGCUUUUAUUCAGGAGGAGGGGGUUCAAUAGGAGGAGCUCGGUCCCAUAAACGGCACGACUAGCAAAAUGAAACACC